GAUUUGAUGCCUAUCCAUCAAUUACUGAAAUCGCUCAGAGUAAUGUUUCCAACAUGGAAUGCGGACUUCCAACUCAGUUAUCAUUCUCUGCUCGAGAAAUAUCAGAUGGAACCUUUUUUAAAGCAAUAGAGGAUUAUGAUCCAGACAGUAAGAGGGUGUUGUAUCAAUUACAGAAGUCAUAUCAUGAAGAUCCAGUUUUAAACCCACUUACACCUUGGGAGAGACCACCUAUAAGAAACGUCUUUUGCAUCUAUGGCACUGAUUUGAAGACUGAGGUCGGCUACUAUUUUGCACCAAGUGGCAAGCCUUAUCCGGAUAAUUGGAUCGUUACAGAUGUGAUUUAUGAGAUUGAAGGAACGCUGACCUCAAGGUCUGGGAAUCUUAUUGAAGGAAAUCCAGGAGUUGUUAGUGGGGAUGAAACGGUACCAUACCAUUCUCUUUCUUGGUGCAAGAGUUGGCUUGGACCAAAAGUGAACAUAACAAGGGCACCUCAGUCAGAGCAUGAUGGGUCUGAUGUACAAGUGGAACUGAAUGUAGAACAUAACCAUGAUGAAGACAUCUUUCCCAACAUGACCCGGACACCUAGAGUCAAGUACAUUACCUUCUAUGAAGAUGCUGCAAGUAUUCCUGGAAAGAGGACAGCUGUGUGGGAGCUUGAUAAAACAAAUCAUAGGAACAUCGUUAGAUCCCCCGUCCUAAUGCGGGAGUUAUGGCUUCAGCUGUGGCACGAUAUCCAUCCAAAGGCAACCUCAAAAUUUGUUACAAAAGCCAAGCGUGGUCCUCUGAGGGAUGACAAUUGCUACUGGGAUUAUGGAAAAGCUCGGUGUGCUUGGCCCGAAUACUGUGAAUACAGAUACGUUUUUGGAGAUGUACAUUUAGGACAGAGUUGUAGGUUGAAGAAUUCUUCAGCUAAAAUGCUCUUGAAUUACUUGUAGAUUAG